AUGCAUUUGCGACUCGUUGCCAUGGUGAUGUCGUUGCUGUGUGAGGUCAUCAGGUCGGGGUCGGGGGUCGUGCAGAAGCAGAGUGCUCCCAGAGAAACAUCGGACGACUGUCGGAGCUGUCUGGAGUGUUCCCGUGACAACGGCUGCGUGCGUUGCCCCGAGCGACUCUUCCUGUUCCUGCAGCGGGACGGGAUGUCUCACCACGGGACCUGUGUCCACGCCUGCCCAGCUGGACACUACGGACAGAGAGGGAAGGACAUCAACCGCUGCACCAAAUGCCGCUCUCUGGACUGCGAGCACUGUUUCAGCCGGGACUUCUGCACCAAGUGUAAAUCCGGCUUCCUGCUGCACAAAGGAAAGUGUCUGACGAGCUGCCCCAAGGAAACGUUCGCCCACCAAACCGACUGCGUAGACAACUGUCUCUUUGCUCCGCUGGGAGACUGGAGCGAGUGGAGCGUCUGCCUCCGGGAUGGCGCCCCCUGUGGCUUCAGGUGGGGCAGGCAGACCAGGACUCGGGGGGGCAGGACGCCGGAGGAGAACGCCGCUCUGCUCUGUCCGUCGCACAACGAGACACAAAGGUGCAGGAUGAAGAAAAAGUGUCCCACAGUUUACGGCGGUGAUAAUCAGAACGGACUGAUUCACUCGGCUCCCGGCCGCGGCGCCGCAGCUCUCACUCAGGACGCCAUGCGUUUCCUCGGCUAUAAAAGAGAGGAGGCUGCAUAG